AUGCAAAUCAAGGCUCAUAAGCUAGCAACCAUUGCAAUUUCUCCAACCGAGACCCUCCACUCCUUAAACUUACUGUGCAAGGCCGUGCAAAGACAAGCCUUUCCGUCCGAAUACGAUUUAUUAGCCAAAUCCCACCUCGUCAGUCAUUUCAGUAGAUUAAAUACCUUAGCUCUAUUCAUGGAUAAUCAGGGUUUAAUAAGAGUAGGAGGACAACUAAAAAACUCAACCUUAUCUUACGACGCUCGUCAUCAAAUUUUAUUGCCCAGUCAUAACGCCCUAACCGCGCGCAUCAUAGAAUAUGAGCAUUCACGCAAUCUUCAUGCAGGUACGCAGGCUACUAUGGCUUCGGUCAGGCAAAGGUUUUGGCCAUUGACCCUGAGGUCAUCCGUCAGAAAGAUAAUAAAUAAUUGCGUAAAAUGUUUUAGAGCUAAGCCUUUGGUAUCUGAGGCUAUGAUGGCCUGUCUGCCUUCACCUAGAGUUACCGUGUCGCGACCCUUCACACAUUGCGGAGUUGAUUACGCGGGUCGCGUCAUUAUACGUGAAGGAAAGCGUCGCAACUCACGCAAUCACAAGGCAUACAUAGCGGCAUUCGUGUGUUUCGCCACCAAGGCGGUACACUUGGAAUUGGUGAGUGAUCUCACCACAGACGCCUUCAUAGCGGCUCUCAAAAAACUUAUCGCGCGACGAGGCAAACCUGACCAAAUGUAUUCCGACAACGCCACUAAUUUUGUGGGGGCUCAAAAACAGAUCAAGAAACUUUAUGACUUUCUACAAACUGACGCGGCCCAAACUGCCAUUAACAGCUUCCUAGCUGAACAACAUACCACUUGGAACUUUAUUUCCCCAAACGCGCCGCAUUUUGGCGGGCUUUGGGAGGCUGCAAUAAAAUCCGCAAAAUUUCAUAUAACUCGCAUAAUUGGAGAAUCACAUUUGACAUUCGAGGAGUUUCUGACUGCGUUAUGUGAAGUUGAGGUUAUCCUGAACUAG